AUGGUAGAACAAGAAGAUGAGCAGCUCCUACCUUAUCGAGAAUCAUUAGAAAUCGUGAGCCUAGAGGAGGGAAAGGAGGUGAAAAUUGGAACUAAAAUCACCGCAAAGACAAAACAAGACCUUAUUGAAUUACUCCGAGAGUUUAAAAAUGUUUUCGCGUGGUCAUACCAAGAUAUGCCCGGGCUAAAUACUAGCAUUGUGGUACAUCGUCUGCCCAUUAAAGAAGAUUGUAAACCAGUUCAGCAGAAGCCUAGGAGGAUGAGACCUGAUGUUGUGCUAAAAAUAAAAGAAGAAGUCAAAAGGCAGUUCAAUACUGGGUUCUUACAAGAGAUCAAAUAUUUAGAAUGGGUAGCAAACAUUGUCCCCGUUCCCAAGAAAGAUGGAAAGGAGGUUGAAGUCUAUGUUGAUGAUAUGAUUGCAAAAUCUAGAACUGAAGAAGAGCAUGUUCAAGUCUUGAAAAGAUUAUUUUUGAGAUUGAGGAAAUUUCAGCUCCAGCUUAACCCCGCAAAAUACACAUUUGGAGCCAGGUCAGGGAAGUUAUUAGGCUUCAUAGUUAGUAAAAAGGGGAUUGAGGUGGACCCGAACAAAGUGAAGGCAACCCAGGACCUACCUCCUCCACGCACUUAG